GCAGGUCGCGUCAGCAAAACUCGGUGCUGUAGAGUUCUUUCCUUGAUUGAAAGGAUCUAUCAUCGUAAAGACAACGUAGCAUUGGCGGAAGACGCUCAUUUUUGUUUCGCCCUACUGGCUAUAGCUAGGUAGUACUACCCUGGCAAACAAUCUGGUGAGAAUUCUCACUUUAUCUUUCCUUCGAUCGCCAACCAAGGCACUCAGUGUUGCUACUGUACAAAUCAAGAUGAGAUCCUCUACUUUCACCAUGAAACGAAUGACGGCGCUGCUGCUGCUAUUUUUGGCCACAACCGCCACAGUGGCCGAGAGCUCGAUGCGUUCGGGAUCUCCCAAGACGGGCAGCUUUACCACCAAGCCCUUGAAACCGAGCAAGAAUUUUAGCCCUGGCACAUUUAGCCACAACCCAAGUACCCCCGUGGUACCGUUGGACAAUAAGAGUGAUCAUCCUCAAAAGGACGACAUUGCCUCGCGACGUCCUUCUGUCGAUGCGGGAUACCGAUAUUCGAGCAACGAUUGGUUCCUCAAUUUUCUAUUGAUCCCCAAGAGUUUCAUUUUGCGACGCAUCAGUUUUCAUUUGCUGUUCCAAUCGCUGUCGGCGAUGGUUGUGAUACUCUUGCACGAACAAUUUCCCAAAUUGACCAUUCCCAUGACGGGACACUCGUUGUUGGCAUCGUCACUCGGGUUACUACUAUCGUAUCGUACCAAUUCGGCAUAUGCACGAUUCUGGGAAGCCCGAGGUCACUGGACCAGCACCAAAGCGACCUGCCGGAAUUUGGCCGUUGUCAUGAAGACGCAUUUUGCAGCGCAUUCUCCCAAAGCGACCGAACAAUUCUUGCAACAACUCGCGGCGUAUCCCGCCUGUUUGAUGCAUCUCUGUUUGGGCGGUGCGGCCAAAUUGCCCGAUAUCGCGCAACAUUGGUUGCCCGAACGGGAUUAUCAACAUCAACCUGCCUGGCCGGCCAUGUUGUUGUGUAUGGAAUUGCAAAAAACACUGCAUCAAGCCGAAGUCGAAUCGAAAACGGCCAAAUGGAAUUUGAUUGAAGCAGCACAUCACAAUCAUUGUGCCAAUGAAAUUAACAAGUUGUUGGAAAAAAUGUCGAGUUGCGAAAAAAUACUGCGCACGCCGGUGCCAUGGACGUAUUCCCGUCAUACCAGUCGGUUCUUGACAUUGUGGUUGGGAACACUGCCAUUGGCAUUGAUUGGAACCGUUUCGAAAUGGCUUGUGUUGCCUAUUGUGUUGGCAUCCGGGUAUUGCAUGUUGGGGAUUGAAGAAAUUGGUCAUUUGAUUGAACAGCCCUUUUUGGGGGAUCCACUCGAUGGGGAUGACAAGGUAUUUGUGGAGUUGGAUGAAGACGGAGAAGCCUCCGAGCUCAUUACGCUGGGACGCAAGACCAUGCCGUACGAUAUCGGUAUCCCCGUCUGCAGUUUGGCACAACAAAUUCGAAAAGAAGUGCAAGCAAUUGCAGCCAUGUAAAUGUAAGCAAGCAAGCAAGGCACGAGAAGGAUAACGAACGAAACUGCCUGCGAAAGCGAUGGGGGCUCGGAUCGUUCGAAUAUACCGUAGGAGGAAGCGUUCGAUAAGAAGGGGGUUGGAAGCUGUGGACAAUAGUCCUCUUGACGCAUCCUGAGAAUAGAAAAGAGCGAAACUAGAAUGGCGACAUUUCGGAGCAAUGGUAUCUGCAUGAAGAAGAAAAACGCACCCAUGCAGCCUAAACCAAGGAAGAGCGACACACAAACCAUGAACAGCGACAUUAGAUUCACAACAAUUCACCGAUUCUUGCGAAAGAACGAUCUGCAGCCAUGAUUAAAUACAUGCAGCCAUGAUAGAUAUAUCCACUCUACAGUACAUUUAUAAUCGGAGCCAUCAACAAAGGAACUCUGCCCGUUAGUGUAGGACUAAACGUAGCCAGCUGCAGUGUUGAUUUU